UUGUUUCGCUUGGAAACCACAAAAAAGUGACAUUAACGCCGUUGGAUUGACACAAAUAUUCAAAUGAAUUUGAAAGAGCCCGAGGAGGAGAAAGAACCUUUUUUACCAAAAACGUGUUACUUCAGCGAUGGCAAAACCAAAGUUGACUAUGUCAUAGUGUACGCAAAAAUGGAACACAUUCGAGCUGACAACUCCCUAAACCAAAUCAACCAGUUCAUUAAAAGCAUCAAAGAUAAAGGAUUGUUGGUUGAAAGAGACCUGGGAAGUUUUCACAAGUCUUUGUACUUCAUCAAAGUUCACGGACCGCACAAAGUCUUGGUACGAUAUGCCAAAAUUUACAAUAUCACCCUCACAUGCCAAAACCCCUACUACAAGUACCAAGAAACCACUUGGUUCAACUUUCUCACAACUGAAGUGACGAAACCAAACCCUGAAAGCAAGGUUUACCAGAGAGCAGAAAAAACCCUCUCUGGUAACAGACCGACUGAAAUAACGACCGCAGAACGCAGUCUUAUAGUUUUGGAAAUAAUGAAACGUGUUUCAUUCGUGGUUGCCGACGACGAGUUCACUUUCAAAGUAAUGCUGGAAAAGCAAAUUUUCGUGGGAGCGUUUCCGAUCCAUGAUGGUGAUUGCGAAUGGACGGAGGAAGGGUUUUUGACAGAUCGACAGCUCCUAUUCCAGUAUUGGACAAACGUUAAGUACUUGUUUAAGGACCAACCUGUACAUUUGAUUGAGAAGUACUACGGGCCUAAGAUUGCUUUCUACUUCGCACUGGUUAAUUUUUAUACACGAAUGUUGGUCGUGCCGACGGUUAUAGGGGUUAUAACUUUGGUUACAGGGAUUGCGUUGCUUUUUAAGGAAAGAUUCAUUGAGGACGAAGUUUGUAACAGCAAGGUCACAAUUUGUUCGGACCAAAGCCUCCAAACUGCUUGCAAUGUAAUGAAAUUAGCCUACAUUAUAGACAACCCUGUGACGAUAAUCUACGUUAUUUUGUGUUCGUUCUGGGGCACAAUUUUCUGGAACAUGUGGCAGAGGCGUCAAGCAAUGCUUCGCUUAAGAUGGAAUUUGACUGGACUUAAACUUGACCGCACUAUGAGACGCCAGUUUCAGGAAAGUGCAAAAACGCGAAAAUCGUCAAUUACCGGGGAAAUUGAAUAUUAUGUUCCGCCGCAUAAGAAAGUACUCUCAGCUGUGUUUUCCUACGUUAUUAUUUUUUUAAUGAUAACUGUAUUUUUUCUCAUCGUGUUUUUGAUGGUUCAGUAUAGGUUUUUCCUGAAUAAGUCGCUAGAUUACGAUGAGACAAACAGUGCCAACGAGAUUGAAUUGUUCACUUCGUCGGUCAUAACAACAGUCAUAAUUAUGGGUAUUGAUCAGUGCACUCCUUUCCUGAUGAAAACCUAUUCCAAAAUAGUCCAUUUUUUGACCUUCCUUCGCCAGCCUCGCACUCAAACCCAAUACAACCAAAUGUACUUGCACAUGACUUUCAUUUUAAUUUUUGCAAAUCAUUUCUCCCCACUUUUCUAUCUCGCAUACAUCAAAGGAUUCCUUCACGCAUACCCUGGAGACUUAUCGAAAUUUUCAAUGAUUAGAAGAAUCCAGAUGGACUUUUGUAAACCAUCCGGUUGUCUUGUAGAUCUAGGAAUGCAGUUGAUCACACUUAUGGUCGUCAAAACAGCAAUGAAGUGCUUCCAAGACUUUGUGGCACACACAUUUUCUUCCUCUGAUACAGUGAUUAAAGACCCAGCUGUGGGACAGUGGGAGAGGGAUUAUGGCAAGAAACAAUUAACUGAUUCUGUUAUUAACCAAUUGUAUACAGAAUUGGUCUUGCAGUACAGUUUUAUAACGUUUUUUAACGCCUCUUUGCCCAUCAUCGGACUUGUGGCUUUAACCCACAAUUUGUUCAAAACUCAAUACGAUUCGUACAAAUUUGUGAAAUUUUAUCGGCGACCGAGUCACGAGAGAGUUGCCGAUAUACAAGGAUGGAAUCACAUACUUAAAGCCGUCACAAUUUUUGGAACAAUAUCAAAUGCGUUUGUGGUGGCUUUCAGGACCGAUUUUAUCAUUCGGCUUUUGUACAGAAAGGCACACGAUGGUAGUUUAAAAGGCUACGUCAAUAGUACACUUUCUAAAUUUGCAGUUAAAGACUAUCAGCGUGGAGAGUUGUUAAUAGACCAUAAAAAUGAGUCGUUUUGUUUUUAUCGUGGCUUUAGACACUCGCCUGAGCAUGAAAAUAAAUACGAGCCGACUUUGGACCAUUGGUAUUAUUUGGCAGUAAAGUCGCUCUAUUUUAUUGUUUUAGAAAAUGUUACCUUAAUUUUGUCACUAAUUUUGGGUUAUCUCAUACCGGAAAUACCACGGAAAGUUAAAGUGAAGCUGGAAUAUGACGCAAAAAUUAUAAAUGAAGCAAGGGAAGCCCGGAUGGAAUUGGAAAAGUGGUGACUACUUUAUAAAGGUGAAGUGUAAAAAUGGUGGAUGCGCCGGGCGAGACAGGUGUUUUUUUUUCUUUCCUAGUAAAUUAACAUAGAAACUGCAAAAUAUAUGAUGG